UAGAAGCUCAUAGCAAAUCAGUAACAGAAUUACCUCCACAACGUAAGACAGCGCAGAGCCUCGUAGUCUACAUACCUAAACAAAAUUUGAUAAAUUUUCAAGCACAAACUCAAUUGAAAAACAAAAUGUUCAAAUUGCUUCUUGUCGCCACAACACUUUUCGCCGUCGCCUACGCUGCUGGUGAUCCUGCGGAUGCUCACGCCACUAUCCUGAAGUAUGAUAAUGAAGUGAAUCCCGAUGGCAGCUACAAUUACGCGUACGCAACGUCGAAUCGGAUUCAGGCGCAAGAGAGCGGUGUUGGCAGCUCGUAUGCUGCUGGCUCAUACUCGUAUACCUCACCCGAGGGUCAGCCCAUACAAUUGACUUACACAGCCGAUGAAAAUGGUUAUCAACCUAAAGGUGAUCAUUUGCCUACGCCGCCACCAAUUCCAGAUUAUAUUCUGAGAGCGCUGGCUUAUAUUGAAGCCCAUCCAUUCGAGAAGAUUCAGCUGAAAGGAAAGUAAAUAAGCGGAAUUUCUCGUCUUAUUUGCGUUGCUAGAAAGCGCAUUACUUUAAGAAAUUAGCAAAUUUUCAUUUACUCACUUUGGACAAAUAUCACUCAGGCAUAUAUAUACAUAUACCAUAUACUUUUUAUAACACAUUAAUCAGUGUUGAAAAGUUCUUUACUUACAUAUUAACCUAGAUAAAUGUAUUUGUAAAUUGUAAAUAAAACCAUUACUGUAAGAGUAU